AUGCGCCGCGAAACGAGGAGCAGCCCGCCGCCAGCCGCCAGCCCCCAGUACUGGCGGUGGUGGCUGGCCUGGCCUGCCCGGCUCGUUACGCGGCUAACAGCCCCUGCUCCAGCUCCAGCUCCAGCUGCUGGUAGCGCCGCCCGGGCCAGGGCCCCCGCCGCCGCCGCCGCCGCCGCCGCCGCCGCCGCCACCGCGGCCGCCUCUGGACAGCAGUACGGAAGCGGCGCCGGCAGCUCAUUUCCCGCGCCGCGCCGCGCCGCGCCGCGCCUCCCGAGCCGGGACCGCAGCGGCCCAGGACAGGCGCCAGACCCACACGCCUGCUCACCCGGCCGCCUCGCGACUGCCCCUGUCCGUGCCCGGACCCGCUAUCAGGCGGCUACCGACGAGUGUCGUGAACAAGUCGCUAAGGACCGCGGGAACUGGGUAACUCAGCGUGGGGAGGGGGUAGAAAGGUGUUUCGUAAAGGCAAAGUUUGCCCUGAGCGCCACUCCUAGUGGAUACCACGGCCCUGUACUGAAAACCGAGACGUCGCAGAACCUGCUGCUAGCCGCCCAGACGCGGCUCUCGCUCGCACCACUAGAGGUCACCUUCCCGGCAGGUGGAUUCUCCAGGAGUGCCGCCAGCCAGCCGGGCGACGGGGGCCAGAGGCGCUCUGCCGUCGCCAGAUAA